ACCCAAAGCCAUCAUACUGAUCAGGGCUAAAAAUGGUAGCUGUACUCUAGAACAAAUAAAUGAACCACUAUUUGAUCAUAUCCACAAAGUUUGAGACACGUGAGAUAUGUACAUCAAUCAAAUGAAACAACAACAAUUGACACAUAAGUUGGCUGGCUACAAACAUCAAGUGGUGAAAUUGACAAGUGAGGUCAAUAUUAUGUUAAAUAUUGGUGAUCGACAUGAGACCAAGCAUCAAGUCUCAGUUCACCUCAGGAAUGCUCUGAAGACGGGGCCUCCAUGACCACCGUUGCUGUUGAUUUUGAACCUGAAAAUGUUGAUCGCUAGCAUUAAUCAGCCUCGACAACAUUUGGUCCACCGGCAUUUCGCCCACGUCAACUUCCCCUAGCAAUUUCUCCAGCUGUUUUUUGGUAAUCCUAAUCUUUAUUUCUCUCCCAUUGGAAAAUGAAGAAGAUGAUGAUGAUGAUGAUGAGAAACCCGGGUUAUGGUCAUCAUCGAGUAAGCUUUGGUUUUCUGGGACAUAUUUUUUUUGUGCCACGGAGGAAUCCCAGUCAUCACCAGCCCAUGCCAUUGAUGACACUUUACGCCUUCUGAGUUUUAGACAGUUGCCCAUAUUUUGAGUACCUAUUUUUGUACUAAAGAUUUGAGGCAUGUAUGAUAUAGCUGGGAAUAUAGAAAACAAGUGAUGCGGGGAAGAGAUCAAAGAGAGGGGAGAAAGUGGAGCUGCAUAUUGUGUUUGGAUAUAUAGGAGGAGGAGGAAACAGGGUUGGUAAAAUAUUGGAUAUGUAUGGGAGGUGGUAUGAAAUAGGACCAGCUAGCUUGAAGAAUUAAGCCACCAAGACAAGAAGAUGGUUAAUUAGUUGACCAAUUGCCUGUGUCGGUCCCUUUGAGGAUUGAGGUUGAAGGGAUAGGCUUCAAGAAAUAGCUUGAGCUUGGACACGUAGAGCUGGCUUGGCUAGCUACUAGCUAUUUCAUGGCUCUUGAUACUUGAGGCUGAAGCCUUUUCCAAUAUUCAAUGUUGAUUUCCUAGAAGGAAGGAUGAUGUCUAGAUGUUGGAAAUUUUCAAAGAUCAUUUGCAAUUCCAGAUAGAUAUUCACCGAAAGCUUUUUUAAGUUGAUUCACCUAAUUAACAAUCAAGUGCAAUGGCAGGUCAGAUGAUACGUGCCUAGCUAAGCAAUAACAUGGAAACUUCAGACAGAGCCCAUAAAUUUCCAUGUGAUUUUGGUAAAGACUUCGUUAAUGGUCAUCCUCUUAGUUCACGAUCACGUGGGCGACGCGUGACUGAUGGAACUGGGAACCUCUCCGGCCACCGGAGUACGAUAAGGGGACCUAGAAGGAGGUUUAGGUGGGAGGCAAGUGGGUUGGCCACUCCACGUGUGGAGUGGAAAUCAGAUGGUGCUGUAUCCGGUGCUGCGGCUCCCGCCGGAGGGGAAGGGAUCCGGCAGGUGCGAGGUGGCAUUGUGGUAGGGGUCUCAGCUAGGAAGUUGGCAGCUCGGAUGUGGCACUUGGCGGAGGGUUUUAACUCUGGUGGCGGUGGUAUGACGCGGCAGGGGCGGUUUAAUCGGUUACGUUUUGGGCUUCAACCACUCUUGUCCAUUUGCAAAUCUGCGAUGAAGGGAGGUUCAGAUUGGGAGCUGGCGGGUCUAAAAACGCCGAGUGCCAAUGAAGUUUGCCAAUUUCACAACAAUGGGAGGCUUGUAACUAGUCACCAAAUUGCAACAAUCUCCGUUGCUUCUGCUUUGCAAGUUGAACUUGUGAGAUCUCAAAAUCGGGUGAAAGAGCUUGAAUCUGAGCGCCAUUUGGUUAAAAAGAAAAUCAAACAGUUUUUGAAGGGGCACAGUGAAGAGAAGGAGUCGAGUAAGAGAAGCAAACGGCAGAUGGUUCAGAAGAUUAAUGACUUAAAGGUCGAACUACAAAAGGAGAGAAAAAACUAUCAAAAGAUGGAUCUCGUCAAUUCCAAACUGCUGACUGAUCUAACCCAUGCCAAGUUAGCGGCCAAGCAAUUCAAGCAAGAAUACGAGAAAGAAAAGAAUGCAAGGGAGUUACUGGAGGAUAUAUGCCAUGAUCUAGGUAAUGACAUCAAGGAUCACAAAGCCAAAAUAAGAGCUAUCAAGGUUGAAUGCGCAAAAAUCCUAGAGGAAGUGGAAGAAGAGAGACAGAUGCUGCAAAUUGCUGAAGUUUGGCGUGAAGAACGUGUUCAGAUGAAAUUAAUUGAUGCUGAGCUGAUUCUUGAAGAAAAGUACUGCCAGAUGAAUAAUCUGAUAGCAGAUUUGGAGAAUUUGUUGAGAACUAAUGGUACAACUCCAGAGAUGAUCAAGAUGAGAGAAGUCGAAGGCAUGAACCUGGAAAUGCAAUCAUUCAGCGUUCAAGAUAGAGAGGAGCUACGUUACAUGCCACCUACGGUGAAUGACAUACACACAAUCACUGAGAAUCUUCAAGAUGGUGGAACAAUGGAAACUGGAAGUCAUGAAUGUCAAAGUUAUCUUUCCGACACUCACUCCACUAAAUUUCAUAACGCCAGCUGUGAAGCUAAUGAAUUCACCAAAGACCGUAGCAUUGAUCAUGAUAGGAGUUCAGCAAAUGCCAGUUUCAGGAAAAUUUUGACUUGCAGUAUGGAUCAAUAUUCAAGUCAUACUCUUGGAGAUGGCACAAACUCUGUGGAUGGAAUUUCUGGAGGCAGAUAUGUUUCUAGUCUCACUAUCCACAACAUUCAGAAUGCAAAUCAGCAGUCUCUAAAUUGUACGAUUAAUAACUUCACCUCCAUGGAGAAAGAUAAAAAUAAAGGACCAUCUGUUCGCAAAUUUUGGAGAUCCACACCUAGUGUUGCUGAUGUUCUCAGGACAAUAUCAGUUGAUGAGAAUCGAAGGCCUUCAAAUGGAUCAAAUUCUUCCAACGUAGCCGUCUCCCCAGAAAAUUUUUCCGAAGAGGCUGUCAACCACAAUGAGCUGGUAGGUCAUUGCUGCUUGCCUGGCCAAAGAAAUCCACACGUUACUCGAGCAAUGAGAGGAUAUAUUGAAUGGCCACGAGGGAUUCAGAGGAAUGGUUUGAAGGCCAGGCCCUUGGAACCAAGCUUGGAGAGUCAGAAAAAGCAGUUGCGCAAUGUGCUUAAGCAAAGGAUUGAGUAAAUCCCUAAACUUCUUGUUUUGCCAAGGUUGGUCCGCCAUUGAGGUCAUUUUGUUAAAACUUUUGGCAGAAUCAAUUUGCUGGUAUCAUUUUGUAGUGGUGGGAUCGUCUAUGCAAUCAAAUUGUCCAUUAAGAGCUCUUCCCUGGGGCUGCAGCUUGACGAUAGUUGUAUGUAACCGUUCCUUCAAGAAUUUUGCUGAAUUCCGCUGUGCAGGUAUACUUUUGCAUGCUUGUUCCAGGGACAUUGUUUGGAUGAGUUGUAGCUCAAAAUUAGUCUGCUGUUAUCACGAACUAUACAAGCUGUUUACAGCAAAAAAGAACCAUUACUUGCAGAAAUUGUACUCUUCUAUUUCUUACAUUUUGAGUAUUACGACCUUUCGAAGAUUAGUAGCUUGUAUCAGAGGCUAUGCAACACGCUGGUUAAUUGCCUCUUGUAAAUUAGCAGAUCACAUCAUAAAAUCUUGUUCAUAUAUGCUGCCACUUGCUAAA